GCGUGCUUCUUUUUUUUGUAAACUUUAUUUUUUGUUAGCCUCUAAAUUGCCAAGUUCCAUGUUAUUUUGGGGUUGUUUUCAGAGAGCUAGUCACUUGUUUCUCUCAGAGAACACUGGGUCUGGAGUUCACAGUGGGAAACACCACGACAUCAUCCGUGUGAUCGUCUCCUAAAUCCUGUCUUAUUGUUCUACUUAUGGCUCACCGUCUGUUUGAGGGCAAAGAGCAUGCUGCCUGCUAUUGGAAGUACAGGAUUUGUCCAUCGGAUGACCUGAUAAAGUAUGUGAUUGACUUUGUGGGAAAACAGAAAGGUGGCCCGUUAGAGCUUGCAGUGGACGUGGGCUGCGGGUCAGGGCAAGGUACCGUGCAGCUGGCUAAAUACUUUGCUUCCGUGGUGGGAACGGACAUUAGCCCCGCCCAACUACAUGUGGCUUUGGAGCAUGCUAAAGAGCCAAACAUUACGUAUAGGCAGUGUAUGGCUGAGGAGCUGCCGUUUGCUGACGGGUCAGUGGACCUGAUAACAGCCAUGUCUGCUUUCCACUGGUUUGACAGGCCACGGUUUCUUCAGGAAGUCCACAGAGUCCUGAAGCCUCACGGCUGCUUGGCUCUGCUUAACUACACAAUUCAAAUGGAACUCAGCUACGCCGGUUGCUGCUUGCAGUCACUCAACCAAGUGUGCAAGGAGUUGUAUGCAACCUUGGAUCCUUACCGUAGCCCUCACCUUGGUGCCAAUUCUAUUGAGUUGUACCGGGAGGCCUACACAUGUCUUCCUUAUACUAACAAAGAGUGGAAUGACUGUGUGUGGGUGAAAAGACCCAUGCCCCUGAGCAGCUACAUCGGCUUGGUAGAGUCUUUCUCGAACUAUCAGGCUAUGCUCAGAGAUGAUCCUCAGAAGGCCAUGAGGCUCUCACAGGACGUCUGUCAAAGGUUGAUGUCUGUAAUGAAGGUGACGUCUGCGGAGACAGAAGUAAUGGUGGGUGUGAGGUAUUUUUACAUAUUAGCUGAAAAUGAUUUGUCGUGAAGGAAUGUUUUCUUUCUAUUUUAAAUUGUUCCUUUAAAUGUAACACUUACAAGUGCAUGUAGAAGCAUUUGAAAAAGUGGCCUUAAAAAUUAAGGCCACUUUUCCAGAAAAUGCAUUAAUCUCUUACUGUGUUUCCCCUUCUUUUUAGUAGUUGAACCCAUUAACAUAAUAUUUGAUUCUGCUUCAGGAGCUCUAUUGUAAAAUACGGGAGUUUUUACUGUUGCCAGCCUAGAAUGUUGACUGCCGCAAGAGGCAGUCAUUGAAUCAUUUUUGUAAACGUCUCAUACUGUAAUUGUUACUGAUAUACAAUGUAGAAAGAAAUAAAA